AUGAAAACUACUACACCUUUACCAAAUGGAAAAAAAUAUCAAUUUGAUCGUCUAAUUUUUAAAAAUAAUUCAUUAGUAUUAAAAUCAUAUUUUGAUAUUAUUAUCCAACCAGCAUUAACUCCUGAAGUAAAUACUUAUUCAAGACUACUUGUUGAUUAUUUUGUUGCUCAUGGAAAUAUAUGUUUAUUAUUUAAACAAAUAGCAAAACAUGGUAUUGAUAUUAAUUCAAUAGAAACGAAAACAUUUAAAGGAAAUUCUGUUUUAGUAAGAUUAUAUAAUGAAUAUGCAAAUAGAUUUUUGGUUGACUUUGCAAAAAAUUCUUUACAAGAAGUUCUUCAAAACCUUAUUUUUAUUCCAUCAAUUCCUCAUGAACAAUUAAUUACUAAAUUAUGUGAAGGAAUACACUCUUCUUUAAAAACUAUUCCACCACAUUUCAUUCGGUCAUUACAAGUUAUAAAUGAAGAAGUUGAAAAUAAACAAACAAAUCAUAAUUCUACUCAAUGGGUAUUUCAACAAUUAUUUUUUGUUAAAUUUCUAUUUCCACUUCUUGAAAAUCCUUUAUUUAUUCUUGAUGGAGUAAAACAAGAUGAAUUAAGUUUAAAUCAAAAAAAAAUUGAUCAAUUUGCUCAUUAUUUUGAACAAGUUGUAAAUAGUGGAAUAGGAAAUGAAGAUAUACUUUCAUUAGUCAAAGAAACAAUUUAUUAUUUAAAUAAACCUGUUGCAUUAUCUAUUGAACAAAGUGGACUUGAUUUAGAAGAACAAAAAAGACUUCAUGCAUUAAUUGUUCAAGCAUUUAAAGACCACCAAAAAGAUAUAAUUAAUUACUUAAAUUUGUCAGAAAAAGAAAGAAAAGAAAAGAAAGGAAGUGGUGAUUUAACGGGAAAAAUUACUUCUUCAUUUCUUUCUUCUAUUGAACCAAGUGAAUUAAAAAUGAAUGAAAUUGAAGCAUUAAAUGAAGCAAAUAGACUUAUUUAUUUUUAUAGAGAUACUUAUUCUCAAAGAAUACAAGAAAUUACAAAAGAAAAUACUUUAUACCAUGACUAUUUAUUAAAACUUCAACGUCGAAUUCAAAUUAUUACACAACAAAUAGAAGAAGAAAAAGUUAUUCAUUAUAAAUUAUCAAAAGAACUUUAUGAAGUUGAAAAGACUGAACAAACUUCUUCACAAGAAAGUAGUGUAAGUAGUUUUAGUUAUAAUUAA